CGUACAAGUCGAAUGUACGCAUGGAUCAAUGAUAGCAUCGUCACAAUCACCAGAUGCCCAUGUACCCAGGUACCUGGUAAGUUGUCCACGGGUGCUAUUAUCGGGCAUCCAUUCAUACGAGUUUGUAAGCGCCGCUCGGCCGAUUAGGCGCAAUCACCCGCUGUAGAACAUCGCCGCCAACGGCUCUAGAACCCUGAGGAAGCGCUGUAUUUUAGCGCUAUACAUGUUCUGUAGGCGGAAGGCGCAUUGGCCAGAUACCGUGCACGUGCUCCCCCACUUACCCGCGAUACCGCACCCCCAAAAAAAGGAAAAAAGCGCCCUCCUGCUACGACUAAAACAGAUGCUGAACAUUUUCACCAUCCAAGCGUGCGCCUUCUCCGCCCUCCGCCAACCGCAAUCCUGUGCUCGGACAGCAGCUGAAGGGGGGGAAAAAAAGGACCCCCGACGGAGACUCCAACGGAAGACCCGCCAACAAGGACCGAGGCGCCGAAGCUGGAAGCCCGUGGAUGCUUUUGCUGGCUCCGAGCUGAGCACCGGCCAGAGGCACCGAAGUGCUGCGAAACAGUCGAUCCAUGUUGAAUCGAGCAGACUAACGAGGGAUUGGGCCUCUAGCCUGCAGAAGAAGCCCUGUAGCAGAUAGCAGUGACAGCAGCAGCAGUGACACGAGACUGCUGCACAAGAUCCGGGCCGUGGAGCUGGUGAGACACUCAAUUGGAAACUCCGAGA